UUUAGAUUCUGGAUCUAUGAAUACACCAUUAGGUAAGAUAUUUGCUUCUAUAUGCUGUUGUAAAGAAAAUUACUAUUCUUUCCUUUUUUUGUUGUAAAUUUUGUAAAAGAACUAAUAAUUUAAUUUUCACCUAGAACCAAUUAAAUGUUUUAUGAAAGAAUGAUGGUAAGGAUAAAAGAUGUGUUAUAGACGUAGAUGUAUAGGUAAACAGAGUGCGCAUGAUAGUGCCUCUCUUCUCUACACACAUCCUGAAACCAUAUUUUUAUCUAACGAUGAAAUAGUCUUGUUUACGAGAAUUCAUAGUUCUUCUUUAGAGGAAAUUAAAAUUAAAAGUUUUCUAAGUUUAUAAUUCAUGCGGAAAAAAAAAGAUUUUUUAAUGUACUCUAAACAAGACUGGAAUUUUUCAUUUCUUAUGUAACGUGUAUUAAUAAUUUAAGGUGAUCUUUCCAGUCCAUAUGAUCGUAAUCCAACAAGAUGGGAUGAACUUCGACAAACUGUUUCAAUUGUAGUUGAUAUUGCUUCUGUUUUUGAUCCUGAUGGUGUUGAUAUUUUCUUCUUAAAUCGUGAACCAAUGCGUCAUGUUAAACAUUCUGAUGAGCUCAUUCCUAUAUUUGCUGUUCCACCAGCUGGUCCAACACCAAUUGUACGUGUACUUCGAUAUGUUCUAAGAGAAAAACAAUUAGAAAUACAAGAACGUAAACUUUUGCUUUUAAUUGCUACUGAUGGUGUGCCCACAAAUGAACAGGGACAACAAGAUAUAAAAUCAUUAGAAUAUGCACUUCGUUAUGAUAGAAAACCAACUAAUCGGGUUCCAGUUACAAUUAUUGCUUGUACAGAUGAUGGUGAUUGUAUUGGUUAUUUGAAUGAUUGGGAUAAGAAAAUACCUAAUCUUGAUGUUGCCGAUGAUUAUAGAUCUGAGAGAAAAGAAAUUCUCAAAGCUCAAGGAAAAGAUUUUCCGUUUAGUUUUGGUGAUUAUGUUGUCAAAGUAUUGAUGGGUGCUGUUGAUGAUUGGUUUGAUACACUUGAUGAACGUCGAGUAACUAGUCGUACUGGUUCAGGUCGACAAUCGAGUAAAGGAAAAAAGAAUAAAUCAUGUUCUAUACUAUAG